AUGCUUCAGCCACGGAUUAGAUGUCGCUCUUGUGUUAUAAACAAUCGCUUGUAUGUUGCUGGUGGUGCACUGGUGAAGGGAGGCAAGCUUGUUCCCAUUAAAUCAGCAGAGGUUUAUGAUCCUAUCAAGAACACGUGGUCCUUUGUAGCAGAUAUGACGACAGGUUUGAUACUCGUAGAUGGAUAUGUGUAUAAUGGAAUGUGGUUUGUUGAAGGAAUGGUUGCACCUGAACGUAGCUUGCUUCAAGUUUACGACCCUGAAACAGACAAAUGGUUUAAAAUCGCGGAUGAUAUGGCAGCACCAAGGGCAAAAAACCCAACCAUCACCAUCGGGGGGAAGCUCUAUACAAGAGGUUGCCAAGAUGGGUGCAAGUUGGACCUCUAUGACGCAGACACUGAUUCUUGGGUAUCUAAUUACAUUGACUGCUCCAAAAAAUUGCAUUUGGGCCCGAAAUGCUUUAAAUACUUGCAAGUGAGAAAUUUUUUACCUCUAAACAAGGGGAAACUCAUGUGUUUAAUUCGUGACAAUAUGAGUAUUUCUGUGAUGGACGUUUCAAAAAUUGUAUAUGAUGAUUUGGGAAGAAGGCAAUUUGAAGCAUAUCAUCUUUGGGAAGUACAACACACUUUUGAGCUUUUAUCAGAGAGAUUCUUGCUUGGCAUUUAUAAUUAUUUGUCAGAGACUACUGCAAACUAUUUUAUUCCUCAUUCUCAGAUUCUACGAGCGUAA